AUGUUUUCCCCUGCUGCUGGUGGUGGUAAUAAUCCGAAUCGCGUGCCUGAUCCACGCGAAGAAAUUCUAUUGGAAACAAAUUUCGAAGAUGAUGGUGUACUAACGCGUGCCUACAAUGCUAGACCACUCAUUGGAAGCUGUAAUCGGCGUAGAGCACAUCGUUCCGAAUUAUCCAUUGAUCGUUAUACAGAACGUGAUGGUGGUGAAGGUGAUUGCUGCCAAUCAUGUAUGGCAAGAAUACCCUAUGCUACCCUAAUAGCCACUCUUAUGUGUCUAUUGGGCGUUGGCAUAUUCUGCGGCACCAUGUACAGGGGAGCUUCAUUAACUGUAAUUAUGAUGGAUCAAGUAUUCCAUUUAAGACUGAUAUGGAUUGAAACAGUUCGCAUGAUUUUUAUUAUAAUUGGCGGUACAAUGGCUACCUUGGGAUUCAUGAUAUUAUUUGUUGGAUUUCUGGCAACUGGCGCUACACGCUAUAAAGUUUAUCGAGCCUGGGGCACGCGUGUUGGUGGUCGUAUAUCCUGUGCAGUGGUAUGUAUUUCGAAAUCCUACAAAAUUGAAUUUAAGAUAGAAAAAAAGGAAGAUCUUCACCGACUGCAUUUGUACUAG